UUGACGUCUACUCUGACUCUUUAUAAAAAGAUACACCUUCGAACAGUUUAUUCAAACAAAAAGGAGAAAGCUUGGAGAGAGUAUAUAUUCGGGAAGAUUAUAGCUUUCAACUUGUGCGACUUUUUCAUCAAAAUGUGGCGUAUUAGAAAUAAUUACAAUUUUAUUUUAAUAACAAUGGUGUUUUCUCUUUGGGUUAUAAGCUGUAAAAGUGCUUCACCGAAUUCUCGAUGUAAGCUGAGACGAUACACGCAUAACGCUGUACAAACAGAUUUUAAUGGAUUACGUUGCUGGGAUGAAGUCGACAUCAUGUCAUGUUGGGGAUACUGCUUAUCUUACGAGACGGCAGAUUGGCAAUUCCCUUACAAAGUAUCCUUUCAUCCAGUUUGCGUGCACGGAGAGAGGAAGCACGCUUCAGUCAAGUUACGGAAUUGCGACCCUGACGUGGAACCCGGUACAGAACUGUAUCAUUACGUAGAAGCAGCCUACUGCAAGUGCCAGGCGUGUUCUUCUGAAGACACAAGCUGCGAAUGGCUGCCGCCAGAUUAUUCUCUUCUCAACGAAAACUCAAUCGCAGAUCAAAUGGAGGAUAAGAAAUAAAUUUAAUAAACACCGAGGCUAAUUAACGUGACACUA